CAUAGACAGCUCAGUUUGAGUCAGUCACUGCAAAAGUUCACAUCGUCGAAAAUUGCAAAUCAAAUCAGAAGAAAGGAAAAGAGGGUUAGCGAAAUGAAAUUGUUGGUAACAAUUGUGGCAUUUCUUGCCCUGAGCCACCACCACGGAGGGGUUUGGGGUCAAAAAUCGGAAAAAAGGAUUGUGUGCUAUUACAAUGCCCAAAGUUCCCUGAGAUCAGGUUUUGCCAAAUUCCCCCUUGCCAGCCUGGAGUAUGCCCUGCAAUUUUGUACCCACCUCAUGUACGGCUAUGCUGGCCUCACCCGCGAAUCAUUUGAAAUUUCCAGUCUCAAUGUCGACUUGGACAUGUUCCAUUUCCGCCAGAUAACUGAAAUGAAAAAACUCUUUCCUGACUUGAAAAUUUUUCUCAGCCUGGGCGGAGAUUAUGACAACGAUGAAGUGGAUCCCCAGAAAUAUGUUCAUUUUCUAGUAGGUGGCAAACCGCUGUACGAUAAUUUUGUCCAAAGUUCUGUGACGAUGUUGAAAAAUAACGGUUUCGAUGGUUUGGAUUUGGCUUUUCAAUUUCCACGCAAUAAGCCACGAAAAGUCCAUGGCACCUUGGGAACAUAUUGGAAGAAAUUUAAGAAACUUUUUACUGGCAAUUUUAUUGUCGAUCCCGAUGCGGAAGUGCACAAGGAACAAUUUGCGGAAUUUGUGCAGAAUCUCAGGGCGGCAUAUAGCAAUGCGAAUUUGUCGUUGGCUUUGACAGUGCUACCAAAUGUUAAUUCCACAUGGUACUUUGAUGUGGCGAAAAUUCACAAUCAAUUCGAUUACAUCAAUCUGUUUGCCUUUGAUUUCCUAACACCCGAUCGCAAUCCCGAGGAAGCUGACUACACGGCCCCUAUAUUUUUCAAAGACGAACAAAAUCGUUUGCCGCACUACAACAUUGAGUUCCAGGUGAAUUAUUGGCUAACAAAUGGCUGCCCGGCCAGUAAACUUAAUUUGGGUGUUGCCACCUAUGGCCGUACAUGGAAAAUGACCACCGAUUCUCAGGUGUCGGGAAUGCCAGUAGUACCGGCCACAUAUGGUCCAGCCGACGCUGGAGUUAUGUCUGGCAAAGCAGGUCUUCUGAGUUGGCCAGAAAUAUGUGGCCUCUUGAAUAAGGCCAGCACAGUGGGUUCGUUCCGUGGCGCCAACGCCCCGCUGCAGAAAGUCAUCGAUAUUGAACAUAAAUAUGGUAACUAUGCCUUCCGUCCAGCGGACGAGAAUAAUGAACACGGCAUUUGGAUAAGUUUUGAUGAUCCAGAUUUUGCCGGUCACAAGGCCGGCUAUGCUCGUCUAAAGGGUCUGGGUGGCAUGGCUGUGUACGAUUUAAGCUAUGAUGAUUUUCGAGGCUUGUGUACCGGGGCAAAAUUCCCCAUAUUACGUUCCGUACAAAAUGUUAUUGAAUAAAUGUCUUUCUUAUGUAAUUUAUUAUUGUUAUUGUUGUAGUGGAAAAAUCAAAUACAUUUAGAGAUUACCAGAAGGGGGAAAUUGUCGAUGUAGUGUUAGUGAAAAAUAUUAUUAAUAAUAAAAUAUUGUAAAAAAUAAACUGA